AUGUCUUCCAGCAAAUCCAUCUACCUCUCCUCUAAAGACACUCUCAUCGAACGACCUUACGAAGAAACACCCUCCACUGAACCCUCUAUUCCCUCGACUCCCGAGAUGUUUAUAGUAGAAGAACGAUCCGUACCAUGGGACACGGACGAAGAACAAGCAGCGUGGGAGGCAGAAGAAGGAUUCAGCGAACCCUCACCUUCCCGCUCCCCCUCUCCACCACCCCUUAUCCGCAUGCAGGACGAGGGGAUCAUAUUCCCCGAUAGAGAGACGUACCUGACAACUCCCGUCACCUACAUGAUGGGACUCAUCGAAAGAACACCGAACACUGAGUUUGUGUUAGGACCCACAUGA